UGGAGAUUGAGUGGAAGUUGAAGAUGGAAUUGAAGGAAUCCGAGAGGUUAAGAAGUCUGAAGUGGAAGAUAAAUGCCGAGAAGAAGCAGGAGAGGACUAGGGAGAUUUGGAUGAGUGUGGAGAUGGAGAGAAAUCUAGAGAUACAUAUAAAAGGAGUAUCAGUUUGGGGGGAUAUGAGGAUAGGUUGGUAA